CUGAAAUCGAAACAAACUUCGUCUUUGGAUUCUCCGACUUUAUUUAUGAUGAGACAACAAAUCAGUCAAUUGUCACAUGAAGACUAUGAAGCAAAUACUGCUGAUGCUAGUAGAUUGGUAGACCAAGACUGGCUACAGUAGUUGACAAUAUGCAGGGUCUGUCUAGACAGAGAAGUGAGGAGAACAGAGUGCUCUGUGGGUCCUGUCCUGACGAGCAGUGCCAGGCCAAGUUGUUUUUUCCUGCCUAUGACAAGAGUGUGGAAUGCACAGGCUGUGGAAAACGACACGAGCAGACAUCACUUCAGAAUAUUGCUGAAGUAACUAAUCCUAGUGUAGCAUUACACAACAUUUUGAAAAACAUCCUCUUAGGAAAUGUGAAGCCAAAGAAAGGAACUGAUGAUGUCAAAGUUUUAGGCUUAUCAAACUAUGUCUGCAAAUCUAUUUCUCCAAUUUUGACACAUUAUGGAAUGGACAAGAGAACUGGAAAGGCUAUACUUUUGAGGGAGCUUUCACAACAAGAUAUUUUCAAUUGUGGAAAAAUUCUUGGUGAUCGUGCUUUCCUCAUUGAGGAAGAGAACUUGGAGGUGAUUGGAUAUGGGAGGGACAGGUCUGGAAGUGUUAGAUAUUUAGCAGACAUUCUGAAAGAAAUCAAGCUCUACAAUGACAACGAAGAACGCCUUGUCCCUAUACAUGCUGAUGGAGAUGGACAUUGCCUUGUACAUGCUGUUUCCCGAGCUUUGGUAGGCAGGGAAUUAUUCUGGCAUGCUCUACGACUGAAUUUAAGCGACCAUUUCCAGAAAGAUUUGUCAAGAUACAAGGAACAUUUUAGAGAAUUUAUAGACAUCGAUGAAUGGGACUCAAUUAUUAGGGAAUGUGACCCAGACUUUAUUCCUAGUGAUGGAGAGCCAUUGGGUCUCCGAAACAUUCAUGUGUUUGGUUUGGCUAAUGUUCUACAUAGACCUGUGAUUCUUUUGGAUUCUUGUCUUGGCAUGCAGAGCUCAGGGGAUUAUUCUGGUGUUUUCCUGCCAGCUUUGGUGGAGCCUGAAGCCUGCAGAAGCCGAGAUGGUACACUCAACAAACCACUGUGUAUUGCCUGGAGCAGUUCAGGACGGAAUCACUACAUUCCUCUCGUAGGAAUCAAAGGAAGGAAGCUGCCUAACCUGCCCAGAUCUAUGAUCCAGCGAGCUUGGGGAGUUCCUUCAGAUUUGAUUGAUAAAUACAUUGAGUUUGACCAUUCAGGACUUUGUAGAAUAGGAGGUGACAAGUGUUUAUCAGACAAGUACAUUCGUCAACUGGUGUCAGCCAUGGAUGAAGUGUUUAUACAGAAGAAUGGAGUCCCUCCUCAGCUGGUGGCUGAUGUUCACCAGUUCCUGUACAAAUCUUCAGGAAUUGUCGGGGUGAAACUCGAAGAGGUGAUAGAGACAACAAAAAUUGCAGUAGAGGAGCAUGUUCUCUACAGAUGUCUUACCUGUGAAGCCCUGAUUAGGUACCAACUGCCAUCUGAGUGGUUCAGGAGAGGAGGUAGUCUCUACAAUCUUGCAGUAAAGACACACAAGACUCUACUCACAGACAAGAAAUAUGUCUUUCCCUAUCAAGGAGUGACUUGUUUGUACAACAAAGACAAAGAUAUUCUAGUCCCAGAUAAGGAGUCCUCUAGACUGAAAACAUGUUCCUUUUGUCAAGGUGAAACCGUGCGUCUAGUCAAACCUGAUGGAAGUGUGCAGUAUUACAAUGGUGAUCGUACCUUGGCACGGUCUACCUCUAAUCGAUGUGCCUGUGGCUUCAAACACUACUGGGAUGGCAAGGAAUAUGAUAACAUUCCAGAAAUAUUUCCUGUGACCCUACAGUGGAAUGGUAAGGUGGUCGAGGAGAAGGUAUCCUGGUUCCAGUAUGAGACAGACCCAAGUCUGAACAGUAAUGUGUUUCAGGUAGCACAAAGGCUAGUCCAGCAACAUUUCCCAGGUGAAUUUGGAAGUGAGCGACUAGUCCAGCAGGUUGUUGACACCAUCCUUCGCAAUACUGCCAGCCGGGAUACCAGUCAGACGGAGGAAGCUAUGGCAUCACAGGAUGUUGAUAUGGCUGAUGACCCUUUGUGGUCCUCUGAUACUCCCUCUAAAAUUAUACUGACCGGUUAUAAGCAUCAAACCUUGCACAAAGAGGAGCUGACAAAGAGUCAGACAGAGAAAAAUAUCCGUAAGCAGGUAGAGAGCCAGGCGUCUAAAAACCAACACAGAAGGACAAAGGAGGUUGCUAUCUUGACGGCUAAGUCCAGUCCAAAAAAGUCCAAGUCUGACUUCAUCGCCAAGAAGAUAGAAAACACUAGCCCUUCUCAUGUUCCCAUGGAAACUACACCAUCAACUAAGACAAGGCAGAAAAAGGUUCGCUUGGCAACCUCAGACGGAAGACAGGUGAUGCUAACAUUAGAUAAAGAUUUGACCUUCAAUGAUCUACAACAAAUGAUUCACUCAGCUGUUGAUGUCCCUCCCAAACGUCAGAAAAUUAGGGUUGGAUUUCCUCCAAAAGAGCUUAAGCCGCCACCUGAAUCAGAGUCAGAUAGGCUCAUCAACCUUCAACAUGGUGAUAAGAUUGCCCUUGAGGUUCUACCAGACCCAUUAUCAAACGUGGCAAAGUCAAAGUCAUUAAGUUCCGUGUCAGCCUCGCCUGCAGCAACUGUACCCCGAAUGAGUUGGAGCCACUUCGACGAGGACACCCACCCUGCCUCCGCUGACAGUUUAUUGCAGAGUCUAAAAGAUGCACAGGAUGCUAAUGACACACUAGAUGCCAGUAUUGCAUCACUAGCCAUUAUGGCAACCAUUGCUGGAAAGGAUCUUUGGACACAGGUGCAGAGUAUGCCUCAUUUGUUCUCCGUUGGGGGUCUCUUCUACAAACAGGUGGAGCGGGACCUUGGACUGGUAGAUGGUAAACACUGCCAGCUUCCAUCUAUCCCAGGAAAGGUUUUUCGAUAUAAUGCUAAGGAAGGCAGACUUGAGCUCUGCAUGGAGCCUUACGGUCAUUUCCCAAUUGAACCUGGUGUUGAUAGAAAAGUAGCAGAGCUGAAGGAACAGGAAGAGAAAAUAAGAUUUGGAAGCAGCGGAGCUUUGAAACAUGAAACUAGAAAACAGACAGCCUUCUCAGGUGAAGGACAUUCCUUACAGAAAAUGAACAUUGAACGAAUGCCUAGCAAUAUUGUCAAUAUGACUACCCACCAUCACCAUGGAAACCAUAACAAUACUGUUAGAACCAUGCAGACAAUGUGUGAUCCCAAUAAACAUGAAGCUGCCAUACCAGAAGAUAUGGUCACUGAGACCUCUGUUAAGGGAGAUAAGUCUGCUGAGGAAGGGAGAAAGUACCAGAGGCUUGGGCCAGGGUACAGUGUGUUGGAUGCUGAUGUUACUGGCAACACCAGUCAGAGUGCUCAGUUUUUUAAGGAAAUAACAGACAGUAUGGAAAAAUCCAUGCAAGAGAUUGAUCAAGAGAUGGAACGUCUUGAUGAGGAAGAAAAAAGACAGUUCUCUUCUGCAACUGAAAAUGUGAUUGGUGAAAUGCAGCCUGAUGUUAUUCAUCCUUUUGUACACAUUGGAAGUACAGCCGUGGUUGAUCUGUCUACAGAAGAUCAACUGUCACCUGAUUCUACGCGACCUUUAGAAACUGAUAGAAACCAAGCAGAGGUUCAACUCUCAGACAGUUUAAACGAUCAAAAUAUUGGCGAUGAAAAAAUAAAUACAGAAAGUGAUCUUAAAAAUCCUGGUGAUGAAUGUGUUGAUAUCUGUGCAUCUGGAGUUUCAGAAACGUGCUCUACUCAAAUAUAUUCUACAGUGGAAGCUCCUUGUCCUGUUUCCAUGCCGGAAGUUGACAAAAGGGAAUCUCCUGAAUCCUUUGAGGUAGUAUAUGAAAGGGUCAGUGACUCCACAAACAUGAAUGAAGACAAUAUGACAAAAGACAAUAGAGCAGGUGGUGACAUUUCAAUGGUGAAAAAUGAGGAAAAGAAAAACUGUAUUUCAAAAAUAACAGAAAAUGCCAAAGAAUCUUGUAUGCCCAAAUCUGAUGGCAAUGCAUAGAUAAUAGGAAUAAGAUACCUAGGUAAGGUGUAGAGACUCCUGUCUACAGACAGAACGAGACAAUAGGCAAAUACUUUCUUGAUACAGACAUGACAAGAUGCGGCUAAAUGAAUAGUUACAUGCAGUAAACAGAGCCAGAUUAUUUGAAGUGCUGUUAAAGUUUAACAGGUUGUUGACUCAGAUUUUCUAAAUGUAUUUUGUUUUACCGUAUGAAAUUUUUAGUGUUUUCAUUUUUUAAAAAUUUUUUUUGUGCCUCCAGAUUGGGAUGUAAAAUUCUUGACACACAAUUCUUAACUGCAAUGAUUAAAAAAAAUAUUUGAGACUGAAAAGUUGAUUUAAUCAUCUAUAAAUGUGACAAUAUUAACAAAAAAACCCAUAAAAUUGAACACAACAGAUGGCAGUCAAUGUGUGCCAGGUAUUUAUCACACUUCUAUGCAAGGUUGUUCACCAAAUUUCAUUCAGUGAAUUGUGUUUGAAUUCAGUAGAAUCAAACAGUUGUAAAUAUUGUGAAUGAUUAAUUUUACUAGCGGUAAAUGGCAGUGGUGGGUGAUGAUCAGAUUUAAUCAAUUAUCCAAUUAUUGUUUCACCUCAUUUUUUGCGAUGAUCAAUUGUUAUUUUUUAAAAUCGAUCAUCGGUACUUCAAUAUUUUCUUGUAUUUUAGUGAAAACAUUCUUCAUAUUACAAAAAAAGGUGGCAAUUGCCAAUAAUACACAAAUUCCAGGUAAUUAAGAUAUUUUGUAAUAAAGUUAUAGUAUCAAUAAAAAAAAAAGAAAAUUAUACUGCGAUGGAAAAUGCUUUCACUUUCUAUAGAUAUUGAACACACAGCCAAUUAUGUAAUCAAUUAACUACAUAGAAAAAACUAUUCAAUUUUAACCGGUAAUCAAUUAUAGAUUUUAACCUAUUACCCAUUACUAGUAUGUAGUUGGAAUACCAUCAACAGUUAUAUUGAUCAAAUGCCAUCAAAGCUUACCAUUGGGAGUUGACCAGGAAUCCGUACCAGUGAUAAAUGAUAUAGAAGAUGUAUCAAUAAUUUUGCUUGACUAUUGAUAUGAUGUCAACAGUGGUCAGUUGUGGUGUUACCACCUUUUAUAUAAUGUAAUAUGGGAACCUUGUAAAAGUCUUGACAAUAAAACAAUUAUGCAUUUUAUUAUUUCAGUAGAGAAUUUAUCAGGAAGAAUGUAUAAGAAGGAAAAUUUGUAAUACUAUUAUGUGUUGUUGUACCCAAUACAGUGUCCUAUUAACUGUAGUUGGUUACACUUUUAUUGUCAUAAUGUUAAAAUUCCAUCGUUUACAUGAAGUAUGAGAAUAGGUUAAAAGAAAGCAAUGAUCAUUCAUUCUAAGCCAUAGAUUAUGUCAGGUUAUUUAUUUAACCUUUGACGAUUCAUCUAACCUAAUAACAUACUGUAUUUAUUUCACAAUAACCCCAGGAAGCCACCACAUCGCUGUUUACUCAAAGUAAAGAGUGAACUAAUUACCUGACAAUGAAAAAGUAUUUACAUAGUUAUUAUUUUUAAACAUUUUCAACUUCUUAAAAAUCAAAUAACAUUUAAUAAAAAAAAACACUAUGUAGUCUGUACUACUAAUUUCUGAGAUGUGUAGGGUAACAAAGAAUGUACAAGUGAUAUAUUUUGCCAGAAAGUCCCGAGUCCCAGUCAUGAUAUUUUGGUAUUAGAUGUUGGGUUCUGAUUUGUUAGUUUACUCAGUCAAAAGGAUCGAUCUGCUUUUGCCAUGUCACAGCAUCUGAUGACCACCCAACAGCAAAUUUUUUUGAAAAUCACUACAAGUGAUAAAUGACGAAGCUGAUUUUGAUUAAAUUUUGUCUAGGGCAUCCUUUUAAGAAGGGGGAUUGAAUUGUUUAAACGAUGGGUCUGAACCUGCUGGAAGAAGAGAGGUUGGCCCAAGAGGGGGGAAAUUUUUUUAAAUCCUCCUCUGUAGGAAUUAGAUUGUUUUUCUCAGUAUUUGGAAUCCAUUGGUGAAGGUAAAUCAAUUGCAUGUAAAUGGUAGGUCUUGGCUCAUGUCUUGGGGUCUGACAGAUAAGACCUAGUAGAGGAAAUGAAAAUCCUUCUUCUGUUUGGAUCAAGAUAUUUUGACCAAAUUUAUUUUUUUAAGCAUCCUUGCAUAAAGGGGACUAAUUUUUCAAAUACUAUGACUGGGAUGAAGAUGAUAUAAUUUUACAUUUUUAGCUUAACUCUGAAGUUUCAUAUGCUGUUAUAUAUAUCUUUACUAACCACUGAUAGAUAUUUAACAACAUGUGGCCAGAACCCUGACAUUCAUCGGUGAGGAAAUGCCUAAUGAUAGGAUGAGUCACAGAGAUGGAAAACCUGUAUCCAACCAGAUACUACCAGUAUAUUCUUAAUCAUGUAGAUUUGUACUGGUAGUAAAUAUAUUAAAGAUCAAAUUGGUUUAUCUAUCUAGAACAUUGUAUUUACCAAUAAUUUUUUAUUGAUUCACCACUGACCAAAAGUGUUUAGCCACCUAUCAUAAGAGUCAUGUAAUCAUGGAGGCCUUUGUUUACUUGUAGAGACUGGAGUUAGGUGGUGGACCUGUACAUAUAGUUGGAAUAAUUCUGACAUUAUAUUGACUUUUUAGAUCUCUCUGGCAUUAAUGAAUAGACUUGAGCCUUAUAUAUUAAAAAGGUUGAUAUAACAUCAGAAUAAUUCUGACCACUGUACUUGAAAUUUCAUUGACUAAUACAUAACUUAGGGAGGAGUCAGAGCAGUUAAAGGCAACAUGAUUUGAUGACAGAUGUUGUUAUUAAUGUACAGAAAUUGGUAUGGCACCACUUUGGUUGAGUAUGACAUUUAAAAUAUUUUUUUAUUUUAGCUGCAGUUUGAUGAAGAGAAAAGUAAUUAAAACCUGUCAUUAAUUUUUUUGAAAAUCUUUAUUAAAUGAAACAUUAGAAUUCUAGACCAAAAGCUUAGUUGAUUUAAAUGAUAUUCUGUAUUCUGUGUAAUGUAAUUUUGCAGUGUAUGUAAAUAUUUGACAAGAUUUGUGUAAGACCAUACUAGUAGACUUGCUCACAAUUGUGACUACCUAACUUUCUACUUAGAUUGAUCAUAGAAAAUUGUUUCAUCUGGAGAUGCUUCACUUUUUGUUUGAAAUAAAAGUGUUGUUUUAAAUAUGUGGAUGUCUUGCUGAAAGUAGAAACAAAAUGUUGUUUAACAUUUGAACACAUUUCUAAGGCUACAGAAUUAACACAGAUCCAAGGCCAAAGCAUUAACACAGUUCUGAGGCCACAGAAUUAACAGUUCUGAGGCCACAGAAUUAACACAGUCCUGAGGCUACAUAAUUAACAGUUCUAAGGCCACAGAAUUAACACAGUCCUGAGGCUACAUAAUUAACACAACGUUCUGAAGCCCACAGAAUCAACACAGUUCUGAAGAUUAUAUAAUCAACACAGUUCUGAAGGCCACAGAAAUAACACCGUUCUGGAGGCCACAGAUUUACCACAGCUCUGAAGGCCACAGAAUUACCACAGUUCUGAAGGCCACAGAAUUAACACACUUCAGAAGGCCACAGAAUUAAUACAGUCCUGAGGCUACAGAAUUACCACAGUUCUGAAGGCCACAGAAUUUUAGCAGCUCUGAAGGCCACAGAAUUACCACAGUUAUAAAGGCCACAGAAUUACCACAGUUCUGAAGGCCACAGAAUUACCACAGUUCUGAAGGCCACAGAAUUUUAGCAGCUCUGAAGGCCACAGAAUUACCACAGUUCUGAAGGCCACAUAAUUUUAGCAGCUCUGAAGGCCACAGAAUUACCACAGUUAUAAAGGCCACAGAAUUAACACAACUCUGAAGGCCACAGAACUAUACUGAUUACACUCUCCGGGGACACAGGGACCAUUGUACGACAUAAACGUUCUUCAGUAUUGCUAGGCUGUUGUGAGCUUUACAUCACAGACAUUGUAAUAUUGCAGAUAUUAUGUUAUUUCCAUAUUCAAUUACUAAUAUUGAUAAUAGCAGAUAUGUCACACACAACUUUUGAACAUUCAUAGCCAUUUGAAUUCAGUUGAGUUGCCAUUGUAUUUAAGAUGAAGCAGGCUUUUAGGCAUUAUGCUAUAUGGAUGCAACAGGUUUGAAUUGAUACAUGUAAAAUGCUGAAAAAAUUGGUGUUCAAUGUUGAAAUCUGCCUGAAAUACUGCAUAAAACAAAGCUUAAACAUCUGGUGUUUACUUGUUUUCAUUUUAUUCCGGUCAUUCUAGUUUUCUACCAAAAAUGUGAUACAUUUUGCAAGAUGCUUGAUUUGCGUUAGAAAUAACAUAUAUGUAUUGUAAACCCAAGAUGUCUCGAGUAGAACUGAAAUAGUUCUUUGUGCUGUUGUGAUGGCAUAGGUUCUUGAUAAAAUUAUGCCAUAUUUACAUAGAAUGUAGUCAUUUCAUUUGAAGCAGGCUGUUAUAAUAGUUAUCUAGCAUUAGUUGUGAGAUAUAUGUUGUUAAUUGUUGAAAUGAUGUUUCUUAGUUCAGUUUGUAACGCCAGAGUGACAUUGAUGUGUUUGAUAAGUGCUAUAAAUUAUACCUAAUGUAUGCAUGCUGUUAUUGUUUGCCAAUGUCAACUUCUACUUCAUUAUUAAAUUAUCCAUGCAUCAGA